UUUAGAACGUAUCAGGAAAAAUUUUAAAUUUUCCGCCACUUUAUUCGAAAAAUUAUCGUUUCCUAACAUUAAAACUCAAACAUCUUUUCUUUACAGAAGUCUUAUUCUGUUUUAUUGAGCUCGUCUAGGUAGGUUUUACAAAAAACGAUGAAUAAGGAGUUAGUAUGUUCAAAGCUGCAGGGAUGGUGGAGAAAGAUAGCUGCCAAAAAAGAGCUGUUUAUAAAUAUUCUAUUUUGGACUAUGGUUAUAGGCGUUAAUGUCUAUGACUUUUUGGGUUUAUGUCACUUAGUACCAAGGCACUAUACCCAUGUAUAUCGGCCAUUUCAAGAUUCAGCAUCAACUUACAUAUUUUAUAACCCCAGAGCCUUUUAUGAAAUGUAUUAUGGAGAUGCCAUUCAUGAUCAGGAACAAUUGAUGAGCGCAGACGGUCAGCAGCCUGACGAACAAGUAGAUCAACAAGGUAAAGAACAGAAUGGCGAGCAUGAAAUGGUACGGGAACGUGAAAGCGAGGAGUAAGAGGAGCAACGCGAAUCUAACGCAAUAGAAAGAGCAGAAUAAGGACAGAAUGAGAAAAACGUUUUAUGUAAGAUUAAGAAGAGAAACAAAUAUACCUGAAGUAAGAAAAAGAUAAAUGAAAAUUUAAAGUGAAUAUGUUCGAAAAAGGCUCGCUCGAAAAUUCCCAAAAUAAAACUAGUAUGUUUCAGAUUUUGAUUAUUAAUAUUUGCAGAACUUCUUUUAAUAAAAUUUUAAGACCUCUCAACAUUA